AAGAAAGGUUUUUGAUAUUGAUCAAUAAUAUCAUCUUUCGCUAUGGAUUAAAGGGUUGGCUGAAUGGAAAAGAAAAACAAUUUAAUUGGAUACACUUCUUAAUCACAUGAAGAGUGCAAAAAAGGAAAACUGGAAUGCAUAUGAAGAAAUCCUUCGGUACAAAGCUGGACAAAGUGGUGGGUCGGCUUCAAAAAAGGGAAAGCUGGAGGAACCUCUCUCUUAUUCUGCAGGUUCUGAUAUUGUAAGGUUUACGAGAAAUGCCUUGACGCAUUUUGAAGAAGGUUAUAGAAAAGGCAAUGAUAUUACUUGGUGUCAUGAUCUGGAUGAUCAUAAGCGCGAGAUUGUGGAGAUACUAGAUGAUGAACUUAAUGUCUGCUCUAUACAUUAUGACAUUGCAAGGACAAUUAUUGCAACAGAUCUACCAGAGAACCAUACGGAAGAGGGUUGGAAUAACUGUCGAGCAAAUAAAUGGGAAGAAUUAAAGCAACGGGAUCCAAGGGCAGAAGCAGUAAUUAGACAAGCUUAUCAACCAACGCAACUAGAAGUCAGGGACAGUUCCAAUACGUGGAUGAAAGCAACAGAAUUUAUUCGACUUUAUCAACCACAGAGUCUUUUGACGAAGAAGGAAGGUCAGAAGCUAAGUUGGAUGGAAUUUGAAGAAAUUAAAAAUAAAACUAAGCAACCAGUAGAAUUUCACAUCUUGGAGGCGAAUUCGAAGGAGCCGGUUUGGAAGGAAUUAGAAAAUAUUAAAAAAGAAGCCAAUCAACAACUAAAGCUUUUAACGGAGAAGCAGGGUUGGAAGCAAGCUAAAGAAAUUAUUGAAGAUGCUCAACCACCAAGGCUUAGGGUGAAGAAGGGCUUGUACAAGUAUUGGAUGGAAGCAUUUGAAGCUGAUCGACCAGAAUUUUUAACAGAGCAGAAUUGGUUCAAAGCAAGAGAAGAAUUAGCAAACUUCUUCAACUCACUAAAAUAGAAUAUGAUUGGACUUGAACGUGGAUUGUGUCCGUGUAAAAUGGUAGCAUUCCAGUGUUCCCCUAGUGCUAUGCAUGAAAUUGAUGUGUUUGAUGUUAUUAACGUUGGUUAUUGUUAAUACUGACAUUGAUGGAUUCUUAAUGUUGUUAUUAUUUGCUAAUGUCGCGUGGGCUCGGAAGAUGUUUAUGUGCUUAUACAUUUGUAAAAUGUUUAUGUUAGUUUGCCUUUUUGUUGUUUAUUUUUAUUUAUCAAGAUUAAUCUUGUAAUUAAUCACUCCAAAGUCC